GGAUUACAUGACCCUGAAAGAGCGUCUGGUCGCGGUCUUCUGUGCAGUGCAGCAAGUUGUUAUACGAAUCAUGGCGAAUCCACGGAAGUUCAGUGAGAAAAUCGCGCUACACAACCACCGACAGGCCGAAGAAACAGCCAGGUUCGAGCAGAUCAUGAGGGAGGUGUCGGACGCUACCGCCAGGGUAGCACCAGAUAGACAAGCACAGUCAAAGCAUACACUGCGAAUCAGCAACCAAACGCUCGGUUCUUUCAGGGGCGGCUCAUUGCCGAACGUCUCCGCAGGCACAACUACAGUUAAAACGCCCCCCAGAGCAUCAGACUCCUCCACCAAGCCUGACGAAAUAUCUCUUUCUCACGCAAAUAUGGUUAGUAGUCAUGGUCAUAGUCACAGUCAUAGAGAGAGUAGGGCGAGAUCACAGGGUGGACCGAUUAGAAGACAAGAUAGGAAACAUGAUAAUUCACCAUACUCGACGGGUUUGUUUUUGAGUCCACCACCGGAUACCAGUUGGAGACGAACGAACAGUGACUCGGCACUACACCAGAGCGCAAUGCAGGGUAUGAACAACGAGAGGAAUGACUCAUCCGGUAAUCGGUGGCUUGUGCAAUCGAUGAACGGUCCAGAUCAACAUGAUGGGCGGCCUAAGUCCAGUUGUGAGGUCCCUAGAGUACCAGGAAUAAACAUUUAUCCGUCUGUUCAUGAGCCUGGAACAAUACAAAUUCCAAUAGGGAAUAAUACAGGCUCUCUACCUGACUUAACAAGUGUACAUUUUCCGUCGCCAAUUCCGACACCCCUUGAUCAAGAUGGAGAUCAAGGUAGUUCGCCCUAUAGUUCUAGUCCUGUAAAUACGAGUCCGUCAACGUUAUCCCCAACGAGUCUGCAACACGGUGUGCGGCAUCCCGCGCAAUUUCAUUUUGUAAAUCCUCCAACGUCACCUCACCAUCAGCAGAACCAUUUAUCAGUUCCAAAUUCUAGGUAUCAUUUACAUCACAAUAAGAAUUUACCAAUUGACAAGAAUUUAACGGGUAUAGAUGGGACUGAUUAUACACAACUUGCGAAUAUGAUGUAUCAACAACCACAAAAAGUGCCCGCAUCAUCUCCUUCACCAACGUUACAGCAAGCUGGUUAUCGAAGUAAUAGGCCUAGUCCGCAAUCUUCCCCUGGAUUAGGUGGUCAUCAUUCAGCACCUUGCAGUCCAGGAGCACCUAGUCCCUUAUCCAACGACUAUUCAAUAUUCUCCCCAGCCCAGUUACAACAACAUUUUGAGCAAUUCUCAAUGGGAGUGGACUGGGCACAACUGGUCGCCAGCCUGAUGGAAUCGGGCUGCGCGUGGAGCGCUCAAGUGCAGAUGGACACACCAGCGAAUACGGUUUCAUACGUGGAUCAAACGCACGUGUCGCAGUCGCAACAUCAGCAGCCAUUUACGGACGUAACUGUUAGCGCGCCCAUCGAACUGACCAACGACGCCGGGUACUAUAGUACUUCGCCACAAUUUGUGUAUCCUGCCACAUCGCCGAGUUUACACACGACACCAAAUACUCCAACAAGUAUACCAGAUAUUAUAUUAACAGAUUUUUCAGUGCCAGACGAUGUAAGUAAUAACGAUUUAUCAAAACAACUAGAUCUAUUAGAGCAAGAAACGUUACGAGAAAGUCUUGAACCGUUAGAUUUUGAUGAAAUACAAAAAUUAUCGGAAAGUGGGAUGAAUCUAAUACCGGAUAGUGUAGAAGAUAAUUUUCGGUUGGAUCGUUUGUAACCGUAUGUUUUUGUAGGACAUCACUGCCGAAGAAUUCUACGUAAAGAGACCUGCCGAAAAAACGUUUGGAUCAGAAAGAAGAGCGAAAGAAAAAGGAGAAGACGAAAAAGACGAAUCGUGUCGUGACCCAACGUAAAAAUAAUCUGACUCCAAGGCAUUUCUGAACAAUUUGAAAAUCUAUUCGAUGUGAUCGUUAGACUAUAGUGAUUUCUCUAUUAAGAUUACUAUUAUUCAAAUUUAAUAAUUACUACUGUAUGUGUAGACGAACGGAAACGAUGAUUCUGUGUCCGUCUGCGAACUUUUUCUAUGUAGUGUUCGAGUGUGCCAAUUAAAAACAUGGUCCUCACAAAUGACAGUUUUCUAAAACGAAACGGUUUCUCGGUCGUCAUCAAUCGUACAUACAUUUUCUCACUUCGCCGUUUUAGUGCAAUCGCUUUAAAGUGACUACUUUUUUUGCAAUAAAUUAUAAAAAUAGCUCACGUUAUCUUACGAAUUUUUUUGUAUGUUUUUUUUUGUUAAGUUUUUGACAUAUUUAAAGCAGAUUCUAUAUAUUUACCACAAAUAUAUAAUUCUUAACGAAUAUAUACACGGGGAUUUUUUUAUUUUCAAUAAAAAGAUUUGAGUUUUUA